CCUGUGGCUUUUAUUCAAACUUGGCAAACUUUUGAUGAAAUAUCAAGGGAACGCAAAAACUUCGAGACGAGACUGUUGUUUUUGAAUGGUAAUUAUUUGUUUUUUAUAUUAUUAAAGCGAUACACAGGGCUUCCACUGGUGGCGUGAUAAUGAUAAUUUCGCAUCCUUGUCAUCGACCGACAGAAUACUGACAUUUGCGUCGAUCGUGAAGUCUGGAGGGCAGACCAGUUGCACAGAUAAACAAAGUUAGAACUUGUAAAAGACAGGAGCAAUCCGAUAUUCGAGUGACAAUAGCUGUACAAUGGUUCUCUGGUUGGGACUGUUUCUUCCGAUUGUUGGGCUUGUCGCUUUUGCAGUGUUUUUCCUGUGGGCAGUUUGCAUGGUUCUGUAUUUUGUUCGUCCACAGAUAUUCUUCUACUUAAUUCACAGGUAUUGUUUUGAAUAUUAUAAUUAUUGAACGCAAUUGAUUUAAUAGAGCUGUUUAAAACUUUAAAGGUUUCGUGAAAGUCGGAACUAAUGCUUGCGAAAGCAAUUUUAACUCACGACCGACAAUUACCCAGAAUUACCUGUUAGAUCUUCCCAUACAAUCUGAUACUUUCAGGAAUUAAGAGAAAUUUUGGUGCAGAUAUUGGCACAAAGCAAGUAAUGCUGGGGUUAUAGCUCAAUAUCCAUGUAUCUUUCCUCGUAGGUCUUAGUUGGUUUCAUUUCCGCGAUUAUUUUCAGGGUUUACAUUUCAUUUGUCUCGUGAUACCAUUAUCUCGAAUGAGCUAAUUUAUUCAAAGCACUCUGUGGAAUAUCUCAACAAACUAUGUCAAAUAAUGACUGCCGUAUUUAUACCGAGCAAGAUUCGGCAGUUAUCCUAAUCAACUCGAUUAGGUGGCCUCCAGCUGGCUUGUCUCUACCAACCAACGUGCAAGAACAUGAACUUACUACCCAGCCCUGUGUUCUAGCUGGCAAAGAUCCAUUCCUGCAUGUGCAUGAAAAUUUGUUGAUGUUUUUAAUUUUUAAUUUUACAGAGGUCUCAUCCUCAAAGCUGGUUUUUCUUUGAAGUAUGUUUCUGUGGGAGAUUUCAGAUUUAGCUACAUAGAAAGAGGAGACGGUAAAAAAGCAGAACAUGUAAUCUUAAUGGUUCAUGGUUUUACUGGGGACAAAGGUGUCUGGUGUCUCAUGGGAUCUGCCUUGCCAAAGUCGUACCAUUUGGUUGCUGUAGAUCUACCUGGGCAUGGUUAUACUACACGCAAACAUCAUGAUGAUCAUUCUAUCCCUGCUCAAGUUGCAAAACUUCAUCAGGUAUGUGAGUAAUAAAGUUUGUGCCCCAAUCCCCCACUCCCAACACAAAAAUAAUAAAUGUGUCCCUCAUUUCUUUCAAGAGGUGAAAUUUGUGGAUUGGCUGUGGCCCGGGGGAUACUUGGGUUAAUGUUUGCGAGGUAUGUGCUGCUGGCCUCCCAGAGCCCCUACCCCAUUAUAGUCUAUUUUUUGGCCAAUUAUAGACCCCAUCUUAGUCACUUUUUGGAAAAUGUAAUUUUCACGAUCCCAGCUUAGUCACUUUCUAUUUAUGCAUCUACCUUAUCAAUGUGGUUUCAAGUGGCAGAAUGUGAUGCAGUCAAUGCGAGCUUAUUGUUAAAUUUAAUAAACAACAACUUUCUGAUUUUUUAACGAAGAAUUUUCCCAUUUUGAAUCCCUACUUACCCCCAAAAUACGAAAAAUUUGCGACCCCAUUCUAGUAAAUCUAUUGAACGUGCGACCCCAUUAUAGUCACUCCAGUGGUGAAAAAAUGCGACCCCAUCCAGCCUCACAUCCCUAUUAGCCCUUGUAAGGGAGUACCCCCCGGGGGCUGUCACUGUAGUGCCUUAACAGGGGCCUUUUGUUUGAAAGAGUCUCUUUAUAAUUUGCUAUUAGAAACUGUCGGUGCCAUUAAUUUGUUGCUUUAGUUUUAUUGUUACCUAGUUCUUAGCCUUGCACAGUUUCAUUAGUAAUGUGUAUUGGAGACUGUUAAAUGAGAAGAGCAUAGGGAUUUGCAGUAGUAGAAAGUAAGAAAAUGCCUGCCAUGUAUUUUAUUGUCUUCAAGGAAGUACUUGAUCUUUUUGAGAAUCCUGUUGUUGUAGUCACAGAUCAAAAAGAGCCAUUUUAAAAAUAUUUUUCUAAAAAUAAACCAGUGAACAGCACUUCUGCAAACUUCUUGAGUUGUAAAAUUGUUUUAUUGUAGUCCUACACAUUUUGUGUUCAGUUUUAAUACUGGGGGCCCCAAACAUUCCUAAUAUGUCACACCUUGCAAAUAUAUUUCUCUGUCUGUUUCCUAGAUGUAUACUGCCAGGUUUGCAGUUCCUGUACGCAUAUCUGUAGGUGUUUUGUGUUCAAUGUAAAAUUCAGUUUGUUUUUAGGUAUAUAUCCAGGUACUCUUAGUUGCAUUGUAAAACUCCCACGGCUGAUAAAGUGGGCGUUAGACACAUGUAAUGCGUAGGAGACAAUAAAACAAUUUUACAACUCGAGAAGUUAAGUGCUGCUCACUGCAUGGUUUAUCCUUUUAAAAAUAUUUUUAAAAUAUUCUGUCAUUGUAAUCACAGAUCAAAAAGAGUCAUUUUGGAGUGCAAUAUUAACAAAUUGUUUAGUGCUUAGAAUAAACGGGACUUUAGUUGAUCAGAUCUGCAUGUGGACACCUUUAAAGUUCCUUUGUUAUGGACAAUAUUCUUUAUCUUAAUUACCAUAUUUAUUUAGGUGCCCUGGUUGCUUAUUAAAUUUUUAGGCCUUGAGAGUCAGGCUGCUAAUAUUCAAGGUGUGCACUGAUUCAAGUCUGUGCGCUAAUAUUUCAUUUCCUUUAUUUCCAGCAAGUGGUAUGCAAGUUAAUUUUCCAACAAAACAUUGAAAGUUUGUUUUUAAUAAAGAAUAAGAACUUGGUCUUCUGAGAAGUCUAUAAUUUUAGUAGAUUGUACCUAGUCAAUUCCUAUUUCAUUGUCAGUAAGUUUAAUAAGCAAACUCUUUAAUGGUGUUGCCUGGUAGAUGUCUCACAGUCUUUGUUUUGUGGGGAGGGUGGGUGGGGGGUGGGUGGCGGUGGGUGCCUAUUUGAAGCUCCUCCCAACAGGAUGGGCACUUAUACAAGGGGGGCACUAAUUUGAGGUUGGAUCCUUAAUCAAAUAAUACGGUAUUCCAGUCUAGUUGAACCUUCAUAAUUUUUAUUAUACAGUUAUAUUAUACAACCACAACCAAGUGAAGUGUGUCAAGUUUACAGUCAGAGGUCUAGACUACACCACCAGCGUAGGGGGAUACUUCCUUUUGAUGGCCUAUACAGGGAGGCUCAACCUGAAAGGGGUAGUUUCGCCAGGUUUCAGGUAUAUGAAAGGGUAGGGAUUACUCUAGCUGAAGUAUGUGAAAGGGCAGUAAAGUCUGUCGUUGUGAUCUGUGAAAGGGCCCACAGAGGCUGACAGAUGUAUUUCAUGGCUGUGAAAAAGACAAGAAAACUUCCUGGAUUAGCAAUUUAUUCAAAUUUAAAAUGCAGCAGUUAAAACGUUGCAGAGUUAUAAACUAGGUUUGUGAAAGGGGUACCAUUUCUGUGAAAAAUAUUGAGGGGUUGAGCCUAGGGGCACAGCCUCCCUGUAUAAAACUUUGUUGACUGCCCCCGCCCCUCUGGGACCACCUAGGGAAACAUACCCUAUUUUAUAUGGAAAUUCUUACGAUCACAAUGUGUUAUGGAUGCUGUUUCUGCUUUAUUCAAACUAUAUUGCAUUUUUUUUCAGUUUGUGUUAGCUGUUGGACUAGACAAGAGAAAGUUUCACCUGGUCGGUCUCUCGAUGGGCGGUUUUGUCGCUGGCGUGUUUGCCACAAAAUAUCCCUCCCUGCUGUCAUCACUAGUACUGAUGUGUCCUGCUGGUAUAAAUGCACCAAGGAUCAGUGAUUUCCUCAUGGAAAUUGCCAGCGGUGGAAAGAACUAUUUGCUUCCAAAAAAUCCAGAGGACUUUCGUUUUAUGAUGAAAAAAGUGUCACAUCGUAAUGUUUUCAUGCCCUUCUUUGUUGUCAAGAUCAUUUGUGAGACAAGAAAACAAGCACAUGAUUUUUAUGAAAAAGGUGAAAAAAUUAUACUACUAUUCAAAUGGUAAUUGACAGUUUUUUUGCAUCAGGUAGAAAGUUUUUUUUCUGUGGUGAGAGGUAGCCUGGCGCUUGGCAGUCUCCUUUGUGUCGUCAAGCAAUUGGGGGAGCAUUGCGUGACGAUAGGAAGAUCUGCUACCAGGAGAGACCGGAGACUACCUGGAAAGGGAAAAAUCUAGCUUUUAACGAAACCUCGCGCGCCGUUUGCAGUAGGCUGAGAAAAGAUCUGACAUUUCGCGAGGCCUCCACUGGUUUCCCACGAAAUGACGUCUGAGAAACGAGAGCAGAAAUUCCAUACUGAUGACGUGUCAUUACCCUGACCUGGGUAGUGCUUCUCAUUGGUUCAAGCAAAGUUUCAACCAAUCAGAAGCACUAUCUAGAUCAAGGUAGUGACAAGCCUGGGAAAACAGCCGACAUUUCUCAACGCCUCCACUGGUUUCCCACGAAAUGACGCCUGAGAAACGAGAGCAGAAAUUCCAUACUGAUGACGUGUCAUUACCCUGACCUGGGUAGUGCUUCUCAUUGGUUCAAGCAAAGUGGUUUUCCCACGAAAUGACGUCUGAGGAACGAACGCAGAAAUUCCGUAUUGAUGACGUGGGACUACCCAGAUCUGGGUAGCACUUUUGAUCAGGAGCCCAUAACCCGGAGCGUCUAACUUCCAUACUGCGCCUAUGCAACGGCGUUUUCACCAGUAGGUUUAUUUUUAGAUAAGCUUUUCCCGCGAAUUGCUUUCGAAAAGCCAAUCACUAGCAAUUGCGUCAUCAAUGAUAAACUUUUAAUACGUAACUAUAGGACAACUCCUUCACAUUGAAAAAAACAUAGCGGACACACGUGAGGAAUCUUCAGAGGAGUCUUCUGACAGUACUUCAAACGACAAUUUCAGUAUUUACACGGAAACUAGCAGUUCAGAAGAAGAUUUGCAAAACCUAGCCAGGACGUCUACUUCAUCGACGACAACGCAUAAUUCACGCAAAGGGAAUUAAAUCGAAAUCAUCUUCGAAAUAGCCGACUGUGAAAAGGUCCAAGCGAGCUACUAACAGUCUAAACGACGAUCAAAUGCAGGAAUUGACCUCGUGGAACAGUUAUUUUUCGCGGGAAAAGCUUAUCUAAAUAUAAAUUCACUUGUAGAAACGCCGUUGCACGAAUUUAUGGCAGUUGAACGCUCCGGGUUAUGGGCUCCUGUUUUGAUUUGUUGUACCGCGAGGAGAAUUUGCUUCAUCCAAUCACAAUUACUACUCAAAUCUAGGUAGUAACAUGCCAUUAGUAAGGAAUUCCUGUAUUCAUUCCUCAGAGUCAUUUUUGCCACUUAGGGGCGCCUCUUGGAGCCUCAUUUAAAUUUGUGUCAGCCCUUAAGCGAUUUUUCGCCAGAUUCGCCAUUUUUACCAUUGCUGGCAGGUUUUCGCCAUUUUCGUCAAAAUCGCCACUCGCUAAGGGGCCCCUUUUUGCCAUCUAAUUUAAAUAUUCGCAAAAAUCGUGGGAAAUUUUCGCCAGAUUCUCCAUUUUUGUCACUGAAUGGCGAUUUUUUCGUCAACUUCGCCAUUUUUACAAGGGGCAUCUCCCGAAGCCUUAUUUUAAUUUUUCGUCUACCCUUUGGCGAUUUUUUGCCAGAUUUGCCUUUUUUUAAAAAUCGCCACUCUCCAAGGAGCCCCCUUUGCCAUCUAAUUUGAAUAUUCGCCAAAACUGUAGCAGAUUUUUACCAGAGUUUCUAUUUUCGCCAUUUUCGUCAACUUCGCCUUUGCGCCCAUUUCUGCGCACAAGUGAAGCCGUGUCAAGAGGAAAACUGUUAAAGUAAAAUAAUAAUGCUUUAUAAAAAAGAAAUAUGUUUUGAGCAUACGUUUUUGCCAGCAAGGAUUCAGAUUUCGUUGUUUUGGAAAGCAGACCGAUAGCUUAAGACUUUGAGUAGAUUAUGAAAAUGAAAACAGAGCUCUAGGCUGGUUCAAAGUUCUCGGGCACCUUCAAGCAAACAGACCUACGAAGUUAAUUUCUUGGUCCCCAAUUGAAUAACACGACUUUCCAUCUCUGCUUUUUUACAGUUUUAGCUGAAAUUGCUCAUCCUGAUCAGAGAUGGCUUCUUCACGAUGUUCUGGAAGACAUAAGCGUUCCUACGCUUACGUUGUGGGGAGAUAGCGACAAGGUCAGAAAACUAAGUAACUGAAAACCCAUUUACACGAACAAAAAUAUCGGCAUAGCGCGACACAUGUUUGGUACCGUGCAUGCAAUUUUUGGGCAGACAUUCUAGGGACAUGCAGUAUCAUGGGCUGGGUGGGUUACAGUAAGCAAGCUCAUAAAUGGACUCGGAAAUAGCAGCUGCUAGUGACGCCCUUGUAUGCUGACGUUCGAGCGUACUGUUGACACUCUAACAUUAAUUUAAGAGGACAUGUCUGUUUUCCUUUGAUGUCAUUCACAACGUUUGAUACCUCAACUUGUGAAUCCCCACAUUUUUGUCGUAUGUUUCAUCUUUUUAGAUCUUAGAUGUUUCUGCAGCAGAUAUCAUUGCUGAGAAAGUAAAGAACGUCAAAGUCCAGAUUCUUGAGAGAUGUGGUCAUGCUAUUACUUUUGAAAGACCGUUCAAAUCUGCAAAGCUGAUUUUGCAGUUCAUCCGUUCCUUACCAAGAAGUACAUGAACAGGAGGCCAACAUUUUUACACUUGUGGAAAAGGAUUGUUUGCUAAUAUACCGAAUCCUGGAACUUAAUGACUCUUUCUUAUUUGUGAUACCUAGGAAGGGGCGAAGUUGACUGGCCAUGCACAUAAUCGCGAUUUACGGCUCUUUACGGAUUCAUGAUGAGGGCUGUUGUUAAUUUAUAUCUAGCAAAAUAACUCGCCUGGUAGAGGCCAUUUGCCUCUAGAAAGAAUUAAGAUAUAUGUACAGGCAACAAGAAAUUUGUGCAAAAACUUGGAAAAGACUUAUUACACAGCAACUUGAAGGUAUCUGUUCUAAAAUAGUUUGAGCAAGUGGGUAGAAAGUUCUUAGAGAUAGAAAGUUAUAGGGUCGACAAGGAAACCACUUGCAGAGUAGAUCAGCUUUUGAUGAAUAUUAUCUUGGUUUUAUAGAAAAUAGUUUACAUAAUUAAAGAAUUGGCAAUUUUAAAAUCUUUUAGUCACAGGAAACGUUUAAAAUUGUUAUAGGACUAGAAUCAUGUGAUAAAUUGAUAAGCAUGCAAUGCUUUAUACAGAAUAUUAUUUUAAUAUCAUUAAAAAAGACAGCU